GUGGCCUUGGUUCGAGCGCGGGGCAUGAGUAUGAGACAGAAAAAACAGACGUACGCGGGACAUCAGGCAGAAGACUCGAAGUCCAGCACCAAGGACGUCCGCGCCGACGAUGACGAGGACAAAAGCACAGUAUCAAGCUCCUUGUGGGUUUCAGCGGAAGAAGGGCUUACUGCUCCUGGUGGGUUAGAAGGA